GUCAGGUUUAGACGCGGCAUCCGGGUGGACUCGCCGCAACCAGAGCAUGGCAGAGGAGCAAGGACGAGGGCCGCCUUCUAUACACAGAGAAGACCUGUCCAUCCACCACCGAGAAGACGAAGCUCGUCACCGACUUCCCCCCGUAGGAGCACCCGAAGACCCCAGAUACUCCGACGACAGACACCAGAGACCCAACAUGGCCGCACCAGUGACACUCCCCUCCAUCCAGGAUCCUCACGGAGCGUACGGUCAGCCCGCGUACCCGAGAUCAUACCCUCCCGAUCCUCGAGGUGACCCGCGCGCCAGCAACUACAGCGCAUCGCCCAAUUCCGUGAACGGCUACCCGCCUCCGCAACCGGGCGGCCACCCCCCUCAAUUGCCGCCGUUGCAGCCCCCGGGAGACCCAAGAUCCCCCACUUACCCUCCUCCGCCAGAGGCGAGGGACGACUACUAUAGGAGCCGCCAACCCCCUCCGCCUCAGUACGGCGGCGAUCCCUACUACCAAGACUACCACAACCGCCAAGGGCCCCCUCCUCCUGGUCGCUACCCCGAUUACCCUCCUCCUGGCCCAGGUGGGCCGCGGUACGACUAUCCGCCGGGCGCGCCGCGAUACGACUACGGCCCGGGAGGGCCUGCCAUGCAGCAAGCAGCGCCUCGUCAGCGCACAUCCAUUGCUUGCAGAUACUGCAGGAAGAGAAAGAUCCGCUGCAGUGGUUACCAAAGCGCCCCAGGGGGGAAAUGCGUCAACUGCAGUAGAAUGAAUCAGGAAUGCAUAUUCCAACCUGUGUCUUCGUCCAGCUCGACGGCCUUCGUUCCCGUAUCCGCGAUACAAGGCGGCGUUCCACCGGGCACGCCGCUCUAUGGAGCCUACGGACAGCCAUUGCCUCCAGGCUCAUUGCCCCCGCCACCCGCUCAGGGCUACGCCCCUCAACCCGGCAAUGGGUACUACCAACAGCCUCUGCCAUCCCCCACGGGUGGCUACUCGCCAUACGAUGCGCAACGCGCAGGAAGACGGCGGCCGAGAGACGACGAUGUCGACGAACUCAGACCACCGCCGCCUGACCCAAAUUCGUCAGACGAUCCCCGACGUCGUUCGCCGGCCUCGAGCUCGAACCACAGCAGUCCAGGCGGCUACAUGGCCUACCCACCUGCUGGGCCCGGUGGAUACGAUCCAAGAGGACCCCAGGCAAGACACAGCCCCGGACAAUCGACGGCCGUAGCUCCAACGCAAACUGUAGAUGAGCGAGCCGCAGCCGCAACACAUCGGCAGAGCAACUCCUCAACCCCCGCAGCAUCAUCUAGCUCGGUAAUGAGCCUCAAUAAUUUAGUGGAUACGAACCCCAACGACAUUGAUAGGAACAUGCUUGGAAGAUUGAACCGAGGCCCUCCGGGAAGCCAGAGGAAGUAGUUAAGCACAUGGCUGAGCAUGUGGGUUAGCUUUGCUCAAGAAGGGUUCGACGUUACCCUCGAAUCGAAUUCCGAGCGCCCAAAAAGUUGGGCGCAAAGAAAGUCAAAAUGGGACUGAAGCUGCCCGCUAGGUCUCUCUUCGCUUUGGAAGUCUCAACGGCGUCAUUACAGCCCUCACUCUUAUCUCGAUUCUCCCGAACGCGGCUGCCGUUGUCGGCGGCGGCGAUGAAGGGAAAUGUACAUGGGUGUAAUUCCAAAAAUCAUGGGAAGGCGUAUCGAUUCUUGAGAGAGGCAUGAGCCUGCGGAGCAAGGGAACGGAUCUGUUUCUUAAAAGUUGGCAAAGGCAGGCUUUCGGGAUCAGCCAAAAACCGAGACGGUCAGCAUUGGAAUUUUCCAUUUUUAUUUCUUUUGCUUUUUUUCUUGUCUUUCGUUUGGUGUUGGCAAGGAGGUGGGGUGGGUGGGCUGGGAAAUGGUGGGAGGUCUUCUGCUUGAGCAUACCAGCGGGUUUCCCGGUUGUCGGGAACCUGGUUUUUGUUGCGCCUGCCUCAGUCUCAUUUUCUUUUCAUACAGUCAUUUCCCGCAAAGGAACGGAAAGGGUCAAGAUUGGUCUGCCUCGCGGCACACGUCUGUUUUUAUGUUUUGCGGCUCUGCUUUUUUAUUCAUCCUCAUCGACAUUGCCUGCCUUUGUUUCGAUCUCCAAGUAGCUGGAAGUGGCCCGUAUUCCCUAUUUUCUUUUACUAGUACCCCUUCAAGAAGAAGUUAUUACGAUGGCGAAGAAGAUCGCGCAAGCGAACGAUUCCAAAGGAUCUGGGCGGCAAAGAUAUCAUGUUUCUCUCCCAUUUGCGCGUCUGCAGAAGUUGGGUUUCCACGACGGCACCGCCAGUACAGCAAAAUACCAGAGUUUUUCUCUCCUUCUUUUCAAUCUGUUACUUUUCGACGAGGUCUCACAGCGCACGCGAAGCUUCGUCAGAAGACGACGACGUAAUGGAAGAUGUCGGACGUAUGAUGGACGAGAAGUGGUGGGGACUGGAACGAGAACGGGCUGUAGGCAUCACCAUGUGUCCGUCCGUCUCUUCUGCAGCGAGUCGAGCGGAGUGGAGGGGUGGAAGUAGGAAGAGCAACAAUAAUGCCGAAUGUCGGCGUCGUCGUCGUGGUCGUCGUCGUCGAUGCUGUCAUCGUCUGCCAUGCCUACACUUUUUCCGCAUCUA